AUGGUUGAUGGUUAUCAGUACUCAGACGUUGUGGGGCUGGAGGAGUGGAGCCCCAGGCCACAGGCUUCUCCUUGGCCACAGAGGAGCCUAAUUCUUGAGGAGGAGGAGGAAACUCAGCUGGUGGCUAUAGUCCAGGCAGCGUCGUUGAAGGAGAGAAACCAUAUUGGGGGCAUCUUUCGAGACCAUGUGGUGGAUACCCGACAGUACUUGGACCACGUGAGAGAGUCCACGGCAGGCACACAGGGUAGACUUGUGAAGCUAUUUGCAAACCAUUUCCGAGUGACAUCUCGCCCCCAGCAGAUCACCUGUAAGUACAAUAUUGACUACAUGCCAGACAUUGAGGACAGACAAGUUCGUUCAGAACUGCUUCUGCAGCAUAAAGUGAUAAUCGGAAAGUGUUAUAUAUUUGAUGGAACUUCUUUGUUAUUACCUCACAAACUACGAUCACCAAAAAUGGAAUUGGUCAGCCUGCUGAAAAAACAGGUUGUGAAGGUGACCAUUGAAUUCACCAGCGAACUCAUGCCCACCUCACCAGACUGUUUACGUUAUUACAACAUUCUCUUUAGAAGAAUUUUGAAGAUGAUGGAGUUGGAGCAAGUUGGUCGCAACUAUUACAACAAGCGAGAGGCCAUGGAGUUCCAUAAUCACAAGCUGGUCAUCUGGCCUGGAUAUGUUACUUCUAUUCUUGAGUAUGAAACCAGCAUUACCCUCUGUGCUGACGUGAACCAUAAACUGUUCCGAAUGCAAACAGCCUAUGAUUUAAUAUCGGAUAUUCGUGAUGGCUUCCCCACAAAGCAAGAGCUUCAGGAGCAAGUUUCUAAACGACUAGUUGGAUCAGUUGUUUCUACGAUGUAUAACAACAAAACCUAUAGGGUGGAUGCUAUUAAUUGGGAGGAAACUCCCAGAACUACAUUUAAAACCUCAGAUGGUGCUGAAAUCACCUUUGUAGAAUACUAUAAAACGCGGUAUAAUCAAGUAGUCACGGAACUGAAUCAGCCGCUCUUGAUCAGCAAAGGCAAAUGGAAGAAGAGCAAACAGGACACGCCCCGUGAGCCUAUACUGCUGGUUCCCCAGCUAUGCAACCUGACAGGUCUAACAGAUGAGCUGCGUAAAAAUUACAGAGUGAUGAGAGACUUGGCUCUCCAUAUGAGGUUGGAUCCAGAAAAAAGGCAGCACGAGUUACGAAAAUUGAUGAAUACUAUACAGACAAAUAAGGAGAUACAACGGGAACUUCAACUCUGGGAUUUGAAAUUUGAUGCCAGCUUCUUGUCCUUCUCAGGAAGAAUCUUGAAAGAAGUAAGAAUUUUUCAAGGAAGACGAGUGUUUGACUCCCACCCACAGUUUGCAGAUUGGACAAAAGAGACAAGAAGUGGACCCUUACUCAAUGUCAAGUCACUAGAUCAUUGGUUAAUACUCUAUCCUACAGGAUACUACAGAGCAGCCUCAUCCUUUCUGCAGAGUUUACGGAGAGUCACACCCACCAUGGGUAUAGCUAUGAAAGAGGCAAAAAUGCUUCAAGUUGUUUGCGUGUUGUCCAGUGAAAAGAAAGAGCUGUAUGAUAGCAUAAAACAAUACCUGUGUGUCAGUUGCCCAAUCCCAAGCCAGUGUGUCAUCACACGGAUCUUAGACAAACCCCAGACGCUGCUGACCAUUGCGACAAAUAUUGCCCAGCAGAUGAACUGCAAGAUGGGAGGAGCCCUCUGGAAGGUGGAGACAGAAUUGCAGAAUGCGAUGUUCAUUGGUAUCGACUGUUUCCAUGAUACUGUAAAUCGGCAGAAGUCAAUUGCAGGCUUUGUGUCCAGCAUCAAUCAGGAAUUGACACAGUGGUUCUCUCAGUGCAUCUUCCAGGAAUCGGGACAGGAGCUUGUGAAUGGGCUGAAAGCCUGCUUGGAAGCCGCCCUGAAGCUCUGGUGUAAACAUAACCUGUUUCUGCCACAAGCUAUCAUUGUGUACCGGGAUGGAGUGGGGGAUGGUCAGCUUCAAGCAUUGCUGGACCAUGAAGUACCACAGAUUGAGUCUUCCUUAAAAUCCGUGUGUCCUAAAGACUCUGGGGUCAAACUUACUUUCAUUGUGGUGAAGAAACGAAUAAACACCAGAUUUUUUGUGGAGUCCGAAGGAAGACUUCGAAACCCACUUCCAGGAACAGUUAUUGAUGUGGAGGUGACCAAGAGGCAAUGGUAUGAUUUCUUUAUCGUGAGUCAGUCUGUGAAAGAUGGUACUGUCACUCCCACUCAUUACAAUGUCAUCCACGAUACAGUUCGCUUUACCCCAGAUAGGAUACAGCAUCUCACUUACAGACUAUGCCACAUGUAUUACAAUUUGGCAGGUGUCAUUCGAGUUCCUGCUCCUUGUCACUAUGCCCACAAACUGGCUUACCUUGUGGGUCAGAGUAUUCACCAAGAACCACACCAUUGCCUGGCCAGCCGUCUCUUCUACCUGUGA